CUCUUCUAGUUUCCACUGUCGAGUCUCCACCGUUGUUCUUCCCCAAUCCUCGCGUAAAUGUAAGAAGGGUCGUUUCUCAGAUUCCCAGAUUCCGCCAUGGAAGGAAAUCUUUUCCCCAACAGGCCCUCCUUCCCCACCCACCCAACCAAGCCGGCUUCCUCCCCAAAUAACACCCUCAAAUUCAACUCCUCCACUCUUCCUCUGCCGCCAUUGCCGCCGCAGCACCACCAGCAAUCCGCUUCAUCUACCUCCUACUCGUUUCCGCUUGAUUCCCUCCUCCACCACCUCCUCCACAUCUCCUCUCCCCCAAAUCGGGAUUCUUUCUCUGCUCAUCUGAGGAAGGGGGAUGGGAGUUCGAUUGCAAUCCCUAAAAUCGGCGAUGAUAACCAGAGUUCUUUUUAUUUUCUUCCUUCCAAAUGUAAGUCGAUGCUCAAUUCUAUUUUGGAACAGCCUAUUUCUGGUUUGCCUUCCUUCUUCAAUUCUGUGAAAUUCGAGUUGCUUCGAGAAAUCGAUUUGAUGAGUCUGUUGAAAGGUUUGGACCUUUCCGGGAAUAGCGAUAAAGCCAUUGUCUUGUUUGAAUGGAUUGUUCUUAAUUUGGAUGUCUCCGAAAGUGACAAUAAGUUGGAUAAUCAAAUUAUUGAAUUGAUGGUGAUGAUUCUUAGUAGAGAGUCUCAACAUUCUGUUACUUCCAAGGUGUUCGAUGUAAUUCCUGUUGAGGGUAUGAAGAUGGAUGUCCGAGCAUGGACUGCCGUCUUGCACGCCUACUCCCGUUGCGGGAAGUACGACAAGGCCAUAGCUUUGUUCGAUUUUGUUAAGGGUAGAGGAUUGUGUCCAACCCUGGUUACUUACAAUGUAAUGUUAGAUGUUUACGGGAAGAAGGGGCGAUCAUGGGAUAAAAUUUUGUCCCUUUUGGAUGAGAUGAGGAGUGUCGGGCUUGAAUUCGAUGAGUUCACUUGUAGCACGGUGAUAUCGGCCUGUGGGAGAGAUGGGUUGUUGGAGGAGGCGAAGGACUUUUUUGAUCGAAUUAAGUCGAGUGGUUAUGUCCCGGGGACGGUAACUUAUAAUUCGUUGCUCCAAGUUUAUGGAAAGGCGGGGAUUUAUAGCGAGGCGUUGAGCGUUUUGAAAGAAAUGGAGGAAAAUAAUUGCCCUCCCGACUCGGUGACUUAUAACGAGCUUGUGGCUGCAUAUGCAAGGGCGGGAUUCAUUGAAGAAGGUGUGGCGUUGAUUGAAACGAUGAAGGAGAAAGGUGUGAUGCCGAAUGCAGUAACUUAUACAACGGUGAUUGAUGCGUAUGGUAAAGCCGGGAAGGAGGAUAAAGCGUUGAGUUUUUUCGAGGAGAUGAAGGAAUCAGGCUGUGUACCCAAUGUGUGUACGUAUAACGCCAUAUUUGGUAUGUUAGGGAAGAAGUCGCGCGUGGAUGAUAUGAUGAGAAUCAUUGACGAAAUGAAAUCCAAUGGAUGUACUCCGAAUCGUGUUACUUGGAACACUAUGCUAGCCGUAUGUGGCAAUACGGGAAUGCACAAGCACGUGAACCGUGUUUUCCGGGAGAUGAAGAAUUGUGGGUUCGAGCCUGAUCGCGAUACGUUUAAUACGUUGAUAAGUGCGUAUGGACGAUGCGGUUCCGAGAUUGAUGCUGGGAAGAUGCACAAGGAGAUGAUUAAAGCCGGUUUUUCGCCAUGUAUUACGACAUAUAACGCGCUUCUGAAUGCCUUGGCUCGAAGAGGGGAUUGGAGAGCGGCGGAAUCGGUUGUUUCGGACAUGAGGGAGAAGGGUUUCAAGCUGAACGACACGUCGUAUUCGUUGAUGCUGCAUAGCUACUCGAAAGGUGGAAAUAUCAGAGGCGUCGAAAGGACUGCAAAAGAAAUCUACGACGGUCACAUUUACCCGAGCUGGAUGCUGUUGAGAACUCUAGUUCUCGCGAAUUUCAAAUGCAGAUCGCUCUCGGGUAUGGAGAGAGCGUUUGAGGAGUUCUUGAAGAAUGGCUACAAACCCGAUAUGGUGCUGCUCAAUUCGAUGCUCUCCAUUUUCGCGAGGAACAGGAUGUACAACUCUGCGCACAAGAUGCUGCGAUUAAUCCGGGAGAACGAUCUGCAGCCGGACAUCAUCACCUACAACAGCUUGAUGGAUAUGUACGCCCGAUCAGGCGAAUGCUGGAAAGCUCAAGAAGUGCUCAACGGAUUGCUGGAAAGUGGCGGAAAGCCCGAUCUUGUGUCGUACAACACUGUGAUUAAAGGCUUCUGCCGGCAGGGGCUUAUGAACGAGGCGACGAGGAUUUUCACGGAGAUGACGGACCGCGGGAUAAGGCCUUGCAUAGUUACGUACAACACGUUUGUUGCUGGCUUUUCGGCGAGAGGGUUUUUUCAGGAAGUCGAUGAACUUAUUAGCUACAUGAUUCGGCACAACUGCAGACCGAAUGAGCUGACGUACAAAACUGCUGUCGAUGGGUAUUGCAAGGCGAAGAGAUACAAAGAUGCUGCAGAAUUCGUGUCGAGAAUAAGGGAGAAGGAUGACGCUUUCAGCGACCAAGCGUUGCAGAGGCUUGCGGCGCGAGUCAGGGCAAAUAUGGAGUCGUGAUUUUGCGUCCCCGGCCUGCCGGAAUUCGCCUUCCUUCCGGCGACCGCCGUGUAAGAUCGUUUACCUCUAUUCACUACAUGUAUCUAUGGAUCACUCGAUGCAGAUGAUUUGAUUUCAUUA